AUGUCUUCUAACUCAGCUCCUCAUAGAAUGUCUGACAUAGAUAUCUAUCUCGCUGACAGAGACGGAUCCGCGUUUGUCAGCGACUGGGCCCUCACACCGAAUCAAUGGGCCAAAAUCCGCCGCAAGUACAAAAGUCUCGGCACACCCAUCGCGGAUCUCGCUCUCUUUGAAAAACUCCCCGCUGAGAUUACAAACAAAAUCUUUCGUCUUCUCGAUGUCAAGUCCUUCCGCAGAUUCCGAAUCGUCAACGCAAAGGCACACCGUAUCACGGAAACGCUUCUAGACUGCAAGGAAGUUAUGUUGUAUGCUAGCACCGCUGUGGUCAAUCUUAUCCGCACCGGGUUGAGUGCCCAUGUUGCCAUCGGGGAUAUUCAUAAGGCGCUCACGUCUCCCAAGUGUGAAUUUUGUGACGACUUCGGAUCAUUACUUUUUCUUCCAACAUGCACUCGCGUCUGUCAUAAGUGCCUGCAAAUAUCGCCCCGUAUGGCGGUCAUUGGGACUGAGGAGCUCCUCACCUACAGUCCCAAGUAUCAGCUUUACGGAAAGCGGGAGAAUCGGAAACACUUGAUUAACUUUCUCGACCAAUCCAACCUGCGCUCUCUUAAAGUCCGAAAAUGGUCAAAGCCUGGUAAAAUGUGCGCGAAUGUCCGAGGCGUUUUGGUAGACGACAUCCUGGCCUCAGACAUAGGUAAAGGAAUGUCAGAUGCAACCCGAAGUUUCUUUCGUGAAGAGUGGCUUCACUACCGUGCCGCAGCUUCCAUUCAAUUUCCUUACCUCAACACCUCCACGGGCAAAACGGAGGAAGGACGUAGCUGCAAAGGCUGCCACGACGCCUUCGAACGGAGACUUGUUCGAGCAGGCGGUCCCCUUGGUGAUGGGAGAAUCAACCCGGAUGCCGAAGACCGUGACCGGUGCUACACAUUCAAAGACUUCGAGAAGCACUUUGAGACUUGUGCGCAUGCACAGCGAGUCUGGAAAAACCGCAUACCGCCUGGUCGAGAGUCCUGGUUUGCUGCGAAUGGGGGCAUGUAUUGGGGUUUGAGCGAACGAGCAGACUAUUGCCAGCGAUAUGUAGACAUGAUGCCGAUUUGGAACGACGAGCACUUUUAGGUAUUGGUCGGCGUUGUUGUCCAAAUUGCAUUCUACAUCAUUGUUCUGAUCUGCUAUGCAAACAUGCGUAGUCAAGAGACUAGCCUUGGUGGAGUUUGAGCAGAGAGAUGCUGAUACUUGGAAGAAGGAGAUUUGGCAGGGUUCUUUUGAGUUUAGGAUUGGUACUUUGAGAUCAUGGUUGAGAUUGGAUG